AUGUUGGAAGUUCCAGAAAAGUCAUCUGCCAUCAUUCGUGAUACCCUGACAACUUUUGUUGAUAGGAUCACAAAUGGCGGCAAGAUGGACAAAGAUGCCUUCACCCCAACAUCUAUUACCGAGCUCUACGAAGCCGUCAUGGCGGAUUUGAAAACAUCAAGUCUUCGAGACAAAAUCGACCUGCUCAACUACAAAGAUCACCUCAUAAUGGCGUGCUACGCGGCAGUCGACUUCGCUACAACACACCCUCUCGACCACCAAGUCUUGGUGGCACACUCGACUAUUUUCUUCUUCCACGCUGACGACUUACUCGAUAACAAACCGGAUACGCUACGGAACCUACAACUCAAUCUCAGCACAGGCCAGCCGCUCGGCGAUCCAGUCCUCGAGUGGUACGUCCACGAGAUCAUGCCAACAAUGUGGACGAAGCUCCAUCCUAUCGUUGCUAGCAUGAGCGUCACGGCCGUCUACGACUUUUGCAAUGGCGUCGGUAUCGAGGGGUUGACGGCUGGUCAAGAUGUAAAACCCGACGCUCCUAAAUACCCAGACUGGCUGCGCUUCAAGACUGGAUUGUCACCCAUGUAUUCGUUGCUAGUGGUCGGCUGUGCCACAGAUGCCCAGCUCCCUAAAGGUGGCCUUGAUAAAUACGCGCAAGUCAUCCCAGACGUCGUUGUCUUUACCAAUAUUGUCAACGACGUUCUCUCCUUUUACAAAGAGAUGCUGGCGGAGGAGACGGGCAACUACAUUGAUCAGCGAGCCCAGAGGGAACAGUGCGAUAUCCUGACGGCCUUGCAAAAGGUGGCCGACGAGGGUGUAGAAGCUGGCGAACGUGUUCUUGCUGCGCUUGCUCAUGCACCCGAAUAUCAAGACAACUUUAAGGCGUUUGCCAAGGGAUUUGUUCACUUUCACACUGCGACUCCACGGUAUCGCUUGCAGUCGCUGUGUGAGGUGGCUUGA